GCGGAAGCCCCGAAUCUAUACUUGGCACACGCCGCGGAAACGCUGCCGACCCCGCACUAGCCACGCCCGGCGUGCCAGUGCUGACGACGCCUCAGCGCUGUCCUUACAUUAUAAAAUCUUCAGCCACAUAUCCGGGCCCUGCCAUCUGCAUACCCCACGUGCGUCCUUGUUUGCAGAUGGUUUCUAGCCUCUUCGGCCAUGCAGAUCAAACCGCUGAAGCGGUCCGACACGACUUUCAGUGAGGACUUGGACUAUACGCACACAACAUACAAUGACAAGUUUGUUGUCGUGUACGACUUCAGCAGCGUUGACGAACAUGUCGCCAUCCAAGAAUGCGAGCAGCUGCUGCAUGAUCUCGAGUCAGCUGGCCUGAAUACCGAAGUGCGGCCUGGCUAUGAUCUCUCUUUGUUGGUCUUCGUUCAGGUACCAAGGGAUUUGCUUGGCAACACAGUCUACAAGUCGAGAGUCAAGGAUUGGCUCUACGGCAUCACCAAGAAUCAUCCCGGCGGCACUGCCAAAAGCAUCGUCUCGGGGGCUUUCGAAGCAGAAGAUAUUCUCUCUGUCUAUCACCUGGUCCACUGGCGCAAAGAGCUUGGAGGCGCAGGCAUCACGCCAGGAUUCCCGCCCUGGGAAAACGUGACCUCAAUCUUUCCGCUGCACAACCAGGCCGCGAAUCGGGCUCUGCUGGCUCAGCUCAGUACCAAAGUCUUUUUGGACGUGGAAGACCUCGACCAGAUCCGUAACCUCUGGGGAUCCAAAGUCGCUUUCUAUUUUGCUUUUAUCCAAACCUACUUUCGCUCUCUUGCCAUUCCAUGCGCAGCUGGAAUCUUUGCGCGGUUUUUCCUUCCACAAUAUUCGCUGCGUUUCGCAUUGGUAAUCGGCGUUUGGUGCACGGUAUUCCUGGAGUACUGGAAGAUCAAACAGGCAGAUCUUGCUAUCCGCUGGGAUGUGCGCGGCGUGGGUAGCCUAAAAGUCGAUCGUCCACAGUUUCGCUACGAGAAAGAGAUUAUCGAUUCAGCUGGACGAGUGAUGCGCAUCUUCCCAAGAUGGAAGCGGAUUGUGCGACAGCUGGUUGUCGUUCCCUUUGUUAUUGUUAGCACGCUGGUUCUCGGGGCUCUCAUCACUAUUGUCUUCGGUAUCGAGACAUUCACCGGAGAGGCCUACGAUGGACCAUAUAAGUUUUUCCUAGAAUACCUCCCGACUGUCCUUCUGGCAGUCUUUCUGCCCUAUGUCACCAAUUUCCUGGAGGAUAUUGCUACCGUUUUGACAGAGUACGAGAACCAUCGCACGUCGGAUCAUCACGAGAUGUCCCUCACCCAGAAGAUUUUUGUGCUCAACUCAAUUACCAACUACCUGCCUAUUCUACUCACUGCGUUCGUAUAUGUUCCGUUUGGCAAUAAGAUUCUGCCGUUCUUGCAAGGUAUUGUGGAUGCGACACUGGGGAUGCAGAACCGGGGAAAGACAGAAUUCCAUGCCGAUCCUGACAGACUGCGCAACGAAGUCAUAGCACUGACUGUGACUGGACAAGUGUCGGGUGCUAUAGAAGAGCUGGCAUUGCCAUGGCUAAAGGACCAAGUCAAGCAGUGGUGGCGCGACCGGCAAGCUUCUCGAGCGCAGAACCGCGGUGACACGCGGGCAUUGCCAGUACCAGAAGAUCCUUCUGAAUCCCAGUUCCUCCGCCGCACGCGAAGGCAGGCGCUUCGAGAGCGAUACAACGUCCAGGAAGACAUAUCGGAGAUGGUGAUUCAGUUUGGCUACUUGGCAUUAUUUAGUCCAGUGUGGCCGCUGGUACCCAUUGGAUUUUUCAUCAACAACUGGUUCGAACUUCGAUCCGACUUUCUCAAAAUUUCCCUGGAGUACCAAAGGCCCACACCUGAGCGUGCCGACGGUAUUGGUCCUUGGGUUGCCAGCCUGGAAUCGCUAACAUGGCUUGGAAGUGUCAGUAGCGCAGCCAUUGUCCACCUCUUUGGAACUCGACAUCUCCUUGGCGAGUACUUUGGGUUAAGCACAUGGGCCAGCCUUCCGCUGACGGUUCUUAUUUCUGAGCACACUUUCAUGGCGUUUAGAGCAGGAGUUCGAUUUGCCCUCUCGCGCAUAGGAUCCGAGCAGAUUCGAAGAGAAAGAGCCGAGCAGUACGCGGAGAGAAAGAGGUAUCUCGAUGAGCUUGAGGCAAAGGCAAACAAGGUGUCGCAUCUUGACAUAGCCGAGCGUGAAAGACGAAAGAGCGUGAGAAUCAACAUGGCGGAUAUUUUUUGGACAAGGCAGGCGGAGGUAGGAGCCAGCGCGACUGCUGGUGUCAGUAUCAUCAAGGCGUUGAAGAAUGCAAAGGAGGAAAACACAGUCACGGGCAGGGAUCUGAAAAUUGAUUAAUGGGCAAGGUUUGAGCAUUUCAAGAGGCAAAGUUUUUCGAGGUAUCCUUUCAAUUAUGUACACUAAUAUCUCC